AUGAAUAGAGCAAAGAUGAGAUCAGUCGAAUGGGAAGAUUUUCCUCCAGAAUUAUGGGGUGAGAUUGCAGAGAAACUAUCCCAGAACGAGAUUGAUCAACUCCGAAGCAAAGUUUUGUCGAGAAAAUUAUCUACCUUGUCCAGAUUCCGGAGGAUUUAUGGAACUUGCCGUUUUAAACGAGGCUUCCUCAUCAAGGUUAGUAAGCCAUUAUCAGGCGACAAACUUUGCCUUGAGAGUCUUCUUACCCUUGAAACUAAAGUGGAAAACAGAGCAAAAUCAUGUGGUAGCGUACUGAAUUUGUGGAAUCUUCGAGUUACUGAAUUGUCUAAGGUGUUUUAUACGUCUGGAAAAGAAACCGGAAUAAGAUUGUUGCAGAUCAUCAGGGAUGGCGAACAAUUGGCGGCAAUGGCUAUUCGUGAUGAUAUGGAACUCUAUUGUUAUAAAUCAGGAGAUACGGAGUGGAGGAACGAAGAAGAGUUAUGCGGUGAUUGCCAUGAUAUUAUCACCAAACGUCGACAGUUUUGUGUCGUUGACACAGAAGGAAGGACAUGCCUUUUCGUUGACACGGAAAUUUCACCUGCCAUGGUCGAUAAUCCGAACAAUUUCAUUACCUCGAAAUGGUUAGUGGAAUCAUGUGGGGAGCUAUUUCUGGUUGAGCUCUAUAAUGAGAAGCCUAAACUUUACAGGUUAAACAUGGAACAGAAGGCCUGGAUUCAAGUGGAAAGUUUGGGCGAUCGCAUAUUUUUCCUUUGUGAAAAUAGCUCCUUCUCUCUAUCUGCUCAAGAAUUUCCAGGAUGUAAAGGUAAUUGUGUAUGCUUCCCAGAAGGAGGACUAAAAGAUCAUGAUGAACGCUUGAGAUUUUGUGGACCUGAGACUAAAGUUUAUGACCUCGAGAUGGGGAGGUUAGGCGGAAUAACGUCAUUUCCCGAGCAUCUUGAGAUAUUCUGGCCUCCACCUAAAUGGCUUGAGAACCCUAGUCUCCUCACUUUAGCAUUGUUGAGGACAAAAAUGUGA